UGGUCACAGGCAGUUUGAUAGUGGCUGCCAGCCUCCAUUCUCUCUGACAGUUAGUGAGCUGUGUCGCAUUCUCAGCAUGGCAUCUGAAGAGCUGGCUAGGAAGCUGCAGUCGCGCCUGUCCGCUACCCAGGAGGUUGAGACGAGGCCGGAACCCGAACAGAGCCCGGUCCCACCCAGACCGCAGGAGCCGGAGGCAGCCGGAGGAGACUCGUCCUCCGAGCUGUCCGCCAAACUGACCCGCAGGCUGGACAUCAACGAGGGCAACGCUGCUCCUCGACCGACCCGUGUCUUCAACCCUUACACGGAGUUCAAGGAGUUCUCCCGCAAGCAGAUUAAGGACAUGGAGACGAUGUUCAAAAGGUAUGACACUGGUAAAGACGGCUUCAUCGACCUGAUGGAGCUGAAGCUGAUGAUGGAGAAGCUGGGAGCACCACAGACCCACCUGGGCCUCAAGAACAUGAUCAAAGAGGUGGAUGAAGACUUUGAUGGCAAACUGAGCUUCAGAGAGUUCCUGCUGAUCUUCCGGAGAGCAGCAGCUGGAGAGCUGCAGGAGGAGAGUGGUCUGAUGGCUCUGGCCAGACUGUCUGAGAUCAAUGUCUCCACUGAGGGAGUGAUGGGGGCCAAAGACUUCUUUGAGGCCAAGAUGCAUGCUGUGUCUCUGGGCAGCAAGUUUGAGGCUGAGAUUCGAGAGGAAAAAGAAGAACGCAAGAGACAGGAAGUGGAAAAAAAACAGAGACAAGCCGCCUUCAAGCAGCUGCAGUCCACCUUCUGCUCAUGACCAUCAGGGGGCAGAUAACAAUGCACAGUCAGUGUUGGUGAGAUUUUAGAAAUAGCUUCACACUCAACGUAUACUUUAACAAAUAUCAUUGCUCGGAAUUUGACACUUUAUAAUAAAAAUAGAAAAAUACUUCAAAGUAAAUACUCACUCAAUACUUGAAAAUACCUGCCUCAUAGGCAAGGUUUGUUCACAACAGACUUUCUGCAGCUGCUCCACAGAACACAGUAAGGCAAAACACUACUUCAGAUUUGGUAGGAAAUAUUUACUAAACUCUCAUCAUUGAUUUAAUGUGCAUUCCAUUGGGGUUUUUUGUGUGUGUCCCUCUGUGCUAGAUCUCAUUUUGAACUUGUUUAAGCUAAGUGAAGCUGUGUUGAGUGUGUUCUGCAUUUGUUUGUAAGGCGUUUUUCAUUUCAUGUUACAGUUUGGUCAUGGUUUGUGUCAAAUGAUCUUGUGUCAUCCUCACCUUCUUAACACUGUUACCAUGGGUGUAAUUAAAUAUCUCCUCUUUAAUAGAAACAGUAUAGUAAUAGAUAAUCGUAUGAAUAACUGUAUCAUAAUAGUAUUGUAAAAGUAGAUAUCAGACCAUUCUCAUGUCUGUCUGUUUACUGAGUGGAUGUGGUUAGCCCAUCUUAGCAUAAAGACAGGAAUAAGGAGGAAACAGCUAGCCCAGCUCCAUGUUGUAUGUCAUUUGUUCAAUCCAUACACAAACAGAAAUGUAAAAAUGCUUUGUGGUUUUAGUUUCAUUUGUGUGGUGGAAUAGUUUUACAUCUGUAGUUCCAGUAUGUAACUCCCCCAAAACCACACAUUUCAGUUUUCCAUUUGUAAAUGAACAAGUUUAAAAGGUGUAUUUUUAUAUUUUUAUUUUUUGGACAGAGUCAGCUUCCCUCUGCUUUCAGUCUUAACCUCAUCCUGAAAUAUUCCUCUUCUCAUCUCACUCAGAAAGAGAGCAAAUAUAAACAUAGCUAAAUUCUCAUUACCCCAGCAAUCAGACAGUGGAUAAGUUGUCAUGUGAAUUCAAGUAUGGUGUUCUUUAAUAUUUUUCAAGAGCAUGCAAGGCAUGCAGUGCAAGUGUAUUAUAUUGUCUAGAGAUUCUAAUAUAUUUUACACCAAUUUAGCUUAUUUUCCAUGGAAAAUAGAUUAAUAUUAGUAUGUCCUUCCAUCCUGUAUGCAUAACAAGUAACUGAAACUGGAUUCCAGCCCCAAUGUUUGGAGUCAUAGACAGGAAAUAGCAGUCAGGCUUCAGGUGGUCUACCUCUAAUACCGAGUAGACAUGUGAUCUUGUCUUAUUGUAGGUAUGAUAAGGAUUCUUCAUCUGAUUCAAUUGCAGAUGCAAGUGAUAUCUUUUGGAGUGGCGUUGUUUGCUGGAUUGCUAAUGAGUAGCCAGCAUUGAUUGUUUGGUGACAUUAGAAUUUAUAUUUGUGUUUAUGAGUGUUCAUUUUAGGAGAGCCCCCCUAAUAGUCAUUCAUUCAUUAGGGGUGCAACAAAGGUUGAUGAUUAAAUUAGUUGCCAACGAAUUAUUGAUUAGUUCAUGACGUCAUUGAGCAGUAGUGACACCAUAAGCUUGCUGAGUGAAGUGAACAGUGAAGUUAGUAAAUCAACAUACGCGAUGGUAUUAAAGAGGUGGUAUUAUGCUCAUUUUCAGGUUCAAAAUCUUAAUUAGGGGUUGUACCAGAACAGGUUUACAUGGUUUAAUUUUCA